AUGGUUUUGGAUCCCUCUAAGUAUCAAGACACCCGUACGUGGAAAAUGACGCCAGCCAUGAUUAGGGCGCGUAAACCCUUCUUUAGAGGCAACAUGCUUGGCCUCACGCUGCUGCUGGGUGUCACCGGCUCUGUUUACUACUAUACAUACAAUUUCCUGCACAAGGACAACGAUUUUGCAGACGUGCCCAUUCCCCCCAUCGACCCACAAGAGCUCGAAGCCCUCAAGAAGGAGUACGAGGCCAAGAAGAAGGCAUGA